GAUUCGAUCCCUACGCUUGGCGUCUAAUCAAAGCAUCGAUAACGGAUUAUCCUACGUAUCGAUGCUGCAUUGUCACCUUGCAGUUCAUCACUGGAGUUCAUCAUUUCCGUUUCCGGAAAAGCGUUCAGACCGGCAAGUGAAAAGUUUGCGGAGCAAGUGUGAAAAAUGAAGUACGUUAGCAAGCGCCAAAGAAAGCGACAGAACGGUGUCCAGUUUUCAAACAGGCCUUCGACUGCGAGCAGCAGCGAUGAGAAUAGCUCUAAUUCGGAGAAACCGAACAAAGUUCCGAAGAAAGGCAAAUCCAAAAAAAGCCUGAAGAAUUCAACCGUUUCUGGUACAUACAAAAAUCAAGAAAAAUCACCGGCCACCGGUAAUCGUAAUCGCCGUCCCCAGCACUUGCAGGGCCCGAAAAAGUCGAACUCGCAGAGUAGCAUCAAUAGUCUGUCCAGCGGUUCGACCAUGACUAGAUACUCCAGCUCCAGCGGAAGAAGCAACUCCUCCGGCGAGCUGAAGAAGGGCUGCCUGCGUGAAUCGAUGUAUCAUUUCCAGAACGCACACAGCAUCACACUGGCCAGCUUCCUAUUCUCAAAGGUAGUGAAGCACUCUCCGCCCAGGAAUGGGAAUUCACGGAAUGCUCGCUGCUCCACCUCGGCAUGGCGCGUAGUCAGCCCACCGAUCGCGCCGCCUAUUGAUCUCGGCGAGGAUCCCGAUAUGCCGGUUUGUCCGAUCUCCAAUCAAAAACCAGUGUCGCGCACCUCAGUUCUGUGCGGCCAAAUGGAUCUCGGUCCCCUGAUGCAAGCCGAAGAACUGGAGAUUGAACUGGAUGCCGAUGGCUUUCCGUUGCCAUCUUUUUGGAGCAACCCCUAUGGGAUGUCCUUUAUUGACACAGCCGAUUCCGAUGAGUCCCAUGAGGAUAUUUUUGUCAAGUACGAGCUAAAACCCAUUGGGUACGAAAUGCUUAUGCGGGCUAAGGAGAGGGCCUAUCUGGAGAAGGUGUACAACGAGGAGGUGGCCAAGCUUGUCCUGCUGGUGGAGACUACCAAGUUGCUUUGGGAGAGCAACAAGAACGGUCUUUUGCUGGGCAAAACCAUUUGGAGCGUCGAUCGUUCCGAGCUUCUACAAUCUCCCUUCAACCGUCGGAAUGUUAUUCCGCCAAAGCAGGGUCCCAAUAGAGCCCAAUCGUAUGCCAAUGGAAACCCCAUAUUGGUUCCACCGACUGUUGUCUACGUUCCGGGACUUUGGAUUCGAGGUCAGCCAAUGCAAGUUGGCUACUGGCAACCCUACUGGCCCACCUACUGGCCAACCUACUGGCCAACCUACUGGCCAACCUACUGGCCACAGCCGGCAUCGGGAGCCCAGCAAAACCAGGAUCCCCCAACCAACAAUGAGAACUGGUGGGACAAUGCCAAUUAUAUUAACUCCAUGGCCAAGUCGGAGAUGUUCCUGGAAAAUCUCUCGCCGACCGAGAUCUACGCAGCCCAAAUGUACGCCCUCCACGGUGAGGCGUUCUUCGACACUCCCAUGGGCAGAAGCUUCAAGGGAAGCCAGCCGACUCCUCCGGCUUUUGGCCAUUAUCGCCAGGUCCCACAGCCGUUCAUCUAUCCAUCGGGUAUCCCUCAGUCAUACAUCUAUCCAGCGGGUAUACCUCAACCAUACUUCUAUCCAUCAUCUGCCUAUCAGCCAUACAUCUAUCCAUCGGCUGCUUAUCAGCCAUUCAUCUAUCCAUCGGCUUACCCACAGCCAUUCGCUUAUUCAUCGGCUGCCCACCAGCUGACCGGAAGAGCUACUAACGCCCAUCCAAAGCAGCCAAUGCCAAAAUCUGGACCUGGAGAAGAAGGAUCUCGUCCAGGAGAAUCGGGUCAGGUAGAAGCAGAGGACACACGUAAGGCAAGUCCAGGUGCUAUGGGUUCAAACUACGAUGAAUAUGGAAACAAGCCGUCGACUGGUGAAAAUUCGUGCUUCAUCUUCAGCGGCAUUGGUGAAAAAGGCUGUUAGUGGACCAAGUGGGCCAAAUAACGUCCCCUCCACAAACGACGUUGAUCUCACCGUUAAUAUUUCAAACUUCCCACCGCUUCCAGCGCCU